AUGCCUGAAAACAAGUACCUCACAAUCGACAAGGAUAGCUUUCCUUAUACUUUUAUCAAGAAUGUUGACAUCCCACUCAAGACGUAUGAGAAGGGUCUUCUUCGAGCAAAUGUCUUUCUUCCCAAGGAUGCGGCUCCCUUUGGUGACAAGACAUACCCUGUUAUCGCUACGAAAAGCUGGGAACAGCUAAACCCUGACAUGAAGUCCACGCAUUCAGCUUGGGAGACACCUGAUCCUGCUUUUUGGACAAGCAAGGGCUACAUCGUUUUGAGGGUUGACGAAAGAGGGGCUGGUCAAAGUCCUGGCUUCCUUGAUACUAUGUCUCGAGGUACAAGUGAAGCUUUCUUCGACGUCAUUGAGUGGGCUGCCGAGCAAGAAUGGUCUUCAGGUAAGGUCGGCCUUCUUGGAAUCAGCUACUACGCUGGUACUCAAUGGAGAGUCGCUGCGAGAAAGCCGAAGGGGUUAGCUGCCAUUAUCCCAUGGGAGGGCAUGAGUGACUACUACAGGGACAGAGUAAGACAUGGAGGCAUUCUCUCGGACAGGUUCAUUGAUUUCUGGUGGAACAAUGGAGUUAGUCCAUGCCAGUACGGCAAACCAGGCCGCAGCGCCAGAAGCUGGGGCGAGGAUACUCUUGAAGGUGACCUUGACGAGGAGACCUUACUCAAGAAUCGUCGAGACCAGACAGUAGACACUGCUGUGCACAGGUUUCGUGACGAGGAUUAUUAUCGUACUCGAGACUUUGAUGUCGAGGCCAUCGAGGUUCCUCUUCUCAGUGUCGCCAAUUGGGGAGGCAUCCUUCUUCACCUCCGAGGAAACGUCCUCGGUUGGAUUCGUGCGAGCUCCAAGUACAAGUUUCUCCACUUCAUUAUCGGGAGACACGACUUGCCCUUUUACUACCCCGAGUCGGCUGAGCUACAGCUGUCUUUCUUCAACUCUUUUCUAAAAGGUGAUGAUAAGGAUGGCUGGAAAUCUGGAAAGCAACCACGGGUUCAUCUUACUUUGCGAAAGGGUGAAGCUGGUGUUGAUGACCCUGAGCGCGAACGAGGUUUCCCCAGCAGAGACGAGGCGGAUUGGCCACUGCCUGGAACUAACUACACGAGGUUCUACCUGACUUCUGACAAUUCAUUGAGCACCACACCAUCAUCCUUAGUCAACACAAUCGAGUAUGAUGCUCUGAAUGGCGAGCCCAUCCGAUUUGCAUACAAGACCUCUUCUACUCUAGAGAUCACCGGCCAUAUCGUAGCUCAUUUAACUGUAGCUGCAAGCCGAAAGUCCGCUGACGCUAUUCCUCCAUCAGAUAUCGAUCUGUUCAUCACCCUUCGCAAGAUCAACGCCGGGGGUGAAGAGGUCUUCUACACUGGCACAAUGGGCGACCCGGUUCCCAUCGUGAAGGGUUGGCAGCGAGUUUCCCUUCGCAAAGUAGAUGAGAGCAACAGCUUACACAAGGAAUAUUUGCCUUACCGCAAUUACUACUCAUCUGACGUGCAGUCAGUUGAGGAGAAUCACAAGUAUGAGGUGGAUGUUGAGGUCUGGCCUACGAAUGUGGUGCUUGAGCCUGAAGAGACCUUGGUGCUGGAGAUUGCUGGUCACGACACUCAAGGCGUUGGGAAAUUCUCUCAUGAACAUCCGGAUGAUCGGAAUUCUAACAUCUUUGAUGGAAAGAACAUUAUCACUGUGGGCGGAAAGGCUAGCUGGAUUACACUUCCUGUUAUUGAUGUUCGGAGAUAG